CACCCAUCCUCCGGAUUCUCACAUUUCCCACAAGUCCACACCUCAGAGUCAGCCCCUCUGAACUCACCUGGUGAAACCUGGCGGCUUCAUGUCAGGGCAGGAGCAGCUCUGCUAUAAGCAAAUGACUUUUACAGGGAUUUCCUCCGUCUAGGUUCAAACAUCAAGAAGCUGGCCCCGCAGACACUCGAGCAGCUUCUUUCAUUCCCUUGAACCUCCUUCACCUCUAAGGCAGCAGCCAUGAACUGGUCCUCCUUAGAAGCCCUCCUCAGUGGAGUCAACCAAUACUCCACCGCCUUCGGCCGGGUCUGGCUCUCCAUGGUCUUCGUCUUCCGGGUGAUGGUGUUUGUCGUGGCGGCUCAGAGGGUGUGGGGGGACGAAAGCAAGGACUUUGUGUGCAACACCCAGCAGCCCGGCUGCAACAACGUGUGCUACGACCAGGUCUUCCCCAUCUCCCACAUCCGCCUGUGGGCGCUGCAACUCAUUUUUGUCACCUGCCCCUCACUGAUGGUCGUCGGUCAUGUCAAGUAUCGGGAGAAGAAGGACUUGGAGUACUCCACCACCCACAAGGGUAAACACUGUUACAAAAACCCAGGGAAGAAGCGAGGAGGUCUGUGGUGGACGUACCUGGCGAGUCUGAUCUUCAAGGCCGGCUUCGACGCGGGCUUCCUCUACCUCCUCUACUACAUCUACGACGGCUACGACUUACCCCGCUUGACCAAAUGCUCCGAGGAACCCUGUCCCAACACGGUGGACUGCUACAUAUCCCGUCCAACAGAGAAACGGAUCUUCACGCUGUUCAUGGUGGUUUCCUCCGCCGUCUGCAUCUUCAUGUGCAUCUGUGAGAUGACCUACCUCAUCUGCAAACGGGUUCAAAAGAAGAUAAACAAGAACAAUCAGAUGUUUGCCAUGUCCCACGAAAUGACCAGCCUGGCUGCGCACAGGGCAGAGUACAGAUCCAAAUCCUCGCUGAGACAGGAUCCCACGGUCUCAAUUCAGAACCUCAGCAACAUCAAGGCUGAGGAGACUGAACCGGUGAAGAAGGAGGAAAGUUAAAGAAGAGACUCACCUGAAAGGACAUGGGCCUCACUGAAGGAAAACUGGAAGCAGUUAUAAGCAUCUAGAGCUUACUUAAGUCUUUUGUAUAAACUCAUGAAAGAUAUUAUUAGACAGUUUCCUGGCAAUGUUUUUGUAGAUAUUAUAUUUGGUGUGAGCUGAGAACCUAUCCUCGUGUAAAGUUUGUUAGCUGUUAAAUUAUUUUGAAGAAUAAAAAGUGAAAAUGCAUGCAGGCAUUCAUUCUGGGCGGUUAAAAAAAGUGAAAAUGAUGAAGAUUUCCUAAAAAGCAAUUAAGAUAAGAAUCUUUUGAAGUUAGUUUUAAAAGUUCAUGACUUUCAUUUUUAUUUUUGUCAUAUAUUUGAAUUAAAGUUUACGACAAACACUACUUGAUGUGUCAGUUAUUAUCACAACUGCAAAAAAGAAGUAUGUAUGCUGGUGUAUUUUAUUUUGUAUUUAUUUUGUUAUCUAUAAAGAUGUCUCCAAACACA